CUAAUCACAUCAUUAUGUCUCUCAGUAUACUAUGCUAUAUGUUUCUUUACUAAAUUUGAACUGUUUGGAGCCUAAAGUCUUGUUUAACCUGUCCCGACACCUCCUCUAUUAUUUCUGGUGCUUGUACCUGAGGUGAAUUCAUCUACAUCAAUGGAUAAAUAAAUUAAUAAUUGGAUUAAAAGAUGAAAGUGCUUCCUACUAAUUUCCACGUGGAUGACUUUGAACAAGAAGAGCCUCUUUCCUCUUCAUUAAGUUAAGAGCUACUGGCUGAUGCACCUGUGAAGCAGGAUGAAGCUGGCUUUACACAGACACCCCCCAAAAGGUUUUUACUGUAGGUGGGGUUGGCAUGGCUUUUCUAAUAAAUAGAAGAUUUGUGAAGGCUUAGUGUCAGAGAUAUUAAAGCAGAGGGAUCGCCAACCAGAAGGACCACUAAGAUCCACCGGAAACUACAAUGGCUUCUCUGUCUGAAGCACAGAGAUUUUCUCAUGUGAAGCUGUGUUGUGUGACUCUGGCUGUUUGGUUGUGUGUUGGAUGUGAUGCUGAGGCUUCUGUGCUCAACCUGAAGCGUUUUAUUGGCUGUGCAGUGCGAGAAUUCACAUUUCUGGCUCGUAAGCCAGGCUGCGGUGGAAUGCACAUAACCACUGAUGCCUGCUGGGGGCGCUGCGAGACCUGGGAAAAGCCCAUUCUGGACCCACCCUUCAUCGAGUCGUACCAGCGUGUGUGUACUUAUAAUGAGACCCAAUUAGUGACGGUACAGCUGCCAAACUGCUCAGCCCAGGUGGACCCGUACUACACCUAUCCAGUGGCCCUCCGGUGUGACUGCGGUGUCUGUCUCACCAGCACCACCGAGUGCAUCACCUCAGUCUAAAACCCAGAAGAAAUCAACUUCACCUUCGGUUUGUCUGCAACAAUGGAAGCCUAUGAGAAGUUUAACAUUCGCUUUCAAAUGUGGCUCUUUUUCAUUUCUUUCUUUUCUCCUCCUUUUUGUACAAACAAAGCAAAAUGUCAUUAAACGGCA